UGCGGGGCUGAGUCACGCUAUGGGAUGGGCAGCAACUGCAUUCCUGAGCAGUGUCACUGCUUGGGGGCAGGCAAGGGGAAUAGAGGAAGAGAAAGGAGACAGCGCCCUUCGCCCAUUGCAGCUGGAGAAAGCGCAGGAGCAGCUGCAGAGUUCACCGCCGCGCCGCAGAAGGAGCCCGGAGCGGAGGAUGAAGAUGUCGGGCGAGGUGAUCCGGGAGGGCGAGCUGGAGAAGCGCAGCGACAGCCUCUUCCAGUUCUGGAAGAAGAAGCUGGUGGUGCUGACCAAGGACAGCCUGAGCCUCUUCCCGGACGGGCACAAGCGCGCCCGGGGCAAGGAGCUGGGCUUCCACUCCAUCCUCAAGGUGGACUGCGUGGAGCGCACGGGCAAGUACAUCUACUUCACCAUCGUCACCACGGACCGCAAGGAGAUCGACUUCCGCUGCCCGGACCAGAGCUGCUGGAACGCCUCCAUCACCAUGGCGCUCAUCGACUUCCAGAACAAGCGGGCCAUCCAGGACUUCAAGAGCCGCCAGGAGCUGGAGCAGGCGGCGGGCAGCCCGGAGCGGCGCCUGGCCCGGGCGCCCUGAGCAGCCCGCGGGGCGGCAGGACCGGGAGGAGGUCCGGCGAAAGAAUGCACUGCUGGAUGAUAAACCAGAUCAAGUGACUUGGACUGAAAUGGGACAAGGUACCAAUGAAGGAAAGCAAAGAAGGUGGCUGGGAACAGUUGGGUUUCCUCCAAGUCUGAGGCUGCUGAGCAAAGAGCCCUGAGCUUCGCCUGAGAUGCAUUUUAAAAACCAAAGACUCUUUCAAACGGACUUCUGGUGAAGCUUCAAGAAGUUUCUAAGUGGCACAGCUUUGCAAACUACUCUUAUCUAUUUAUGAGAUGCAAAGAAUAUUCAGCGCCCAUUGGUGCAAAACAAACCCAAUUUAAAUUAUUUGUGGUAUCUAUAUUUGUAUUUAUUUUGAUGAAUGUCUUUAAGCAGAUGUCUUAAUGUUGCUUUUGCAUUAAUGUGUCCAUUCCAAAUAAAUUACUUGAAAUGUUCACAUUUUAUUACUAUA